AUGGCUGCCACCAUAGGGGACAUGUUUUCUCUGUGCGUGGAGCCAAUGAAAGUUUGCAGUUAUGUGGAGGUCCGACCUAUUGAUAAGAUCAAGGGGAAAGGACUAUUUGCCAAAAGAGCUAUCCGAAAAGGGGAUACCAUAUUCGUAGAGCGCCCUCUGGUGUCUGCUCAAUUCUUGUGGAAUGCCUUGUACAAGUAUCGAGCUUGCGACUUCUGCCUGCGGUCCCUGGAGACGGCCCAGGAGAAUGCACGGCGACUGAGUGGAAACGCUAGCCUCCUCCUCCCCUACCCAGAACAGUGCAGUGUGCGACCUGAAUUGCACCAGGCCUGCCCACAAUGCCAGGUGAUGUACUGCAGUAGCGAGUGUCAGCAGGCUGCACUGGACCAGUACCAUCGGGCCCUCUGUCUAGGCCAGUCCCAGGAAGACCCGGAGCACCCAAUCAACAAGCUGCAAGAGGCGUGGAGGAACAUGCACUUUCCCCCAGAGACAGCCAGUAUCAUGCUGAUGGUCAGGAUGGUUUCUACUGUAAAGCAGGCCCGGGACAAAGGCCAUUGGCUGAAUCUCUUCUCUCAGUUCUGCAGCCGGACAGCCAAUGAGGAAGAGGAGAUUGCGCACAAGCUACUGGGAGAGAAGUUCCAGGGGCAGCUGGCCUUGCUGCGGAACCUGUUCACCACGGCGCUUUACGAUGAUCACCUCAACCGGUGGUUCACUCCAGAGGGGUUUCGCUCCCUCUUCUCGCUUGUGGGGACCAAUGGCCAGGGCAUCGGCACCAGCUCCCUCAGUCAGUGGGUCCACGGCUGUGACACACUGGAGCUGUCUGGCCAGCAGAGGGAGCAGCUGGACACCUUCAUCGAUCAGCUAUACAAGGACAUUGAGAAAGAGACAGGGGACUUCCUGAACUGUGAGGGCUCAGGCCUCUUCCUGCUCCAGAGCUCCUGCAACCACAGCUGUGUCCCCAAUGCUGAGGCGUCCUUCCCCGACAACAACUUCUUGCUUCACCUCACAGCACUCUGUGACAUCAGCCCAGGAGAGGAAGUGUGCAUCAGCUACCUGGACUGCUGCCAGAGAGAGAGGAGCCGCCAUAGUCGUCACAAGAUCCUGAGGGAGAACUACCUGUUCGUGUGCACCUGCCCACGGUGCGUCUCCCAAGCUGAGGAUCCGGACCUCACCUCUGAGGAUGACGAGGAGGAUGGGGACGGAGAGGCUGAGACAGAGGGGGAUGAGCUGGAGGACGAGAUGACAGACGUGUGACGAGGACAGCCCCCCACUCACCCACAUCCCUCCACGCACACACAGCCAUCUCUCUCGGCUCUCUCACCUGCUCGAUUCACCAUACAUGGCACGGAACACCACCCGCCUGGUUAGCUCACCUGCACUGGGCAAAAACAUAACAUUCUGACAUGUAAACGUGUGUAACGCAUAACACCACUAACGCGUUACCAAACGUUCAUUAUUUUUUUGUUUGGGUAAGGGUUUUUCCAAAGAGGUGCCAAGGUAAUGUUAUGCAUCAGCUGGGCUACACCCUUCACCCCCCACCCUGAGUCUUCCAGUGGCAGGGAUUUUUACUCUGCCACUCCCCUCCCUGACCAGCAUAAGACCAGCAUACACGAGCCACUUCUGAGGAGCUGCUCUGUCAUUUUGGAGCACGAGUGUGUGUCUCCAAAACCACCUGGCAAGGCUCCCUCCCUGCCACCGCUCCUUCACUAUGCAGGCAUGUGUCUGUCGCAUUUGAAUUUUUCUUCACAUUCCUCAUCAGUGGGUUUGAAAUCAGAAUGAUUGUUUCUCCUCUGACUUCGUACUCUGUGUUCGUAUAUUCUCUUCUCUGUAUACCUAACUAAUACCACAUUUAGUUUGGCUCAUUACUCCGUCUUUACACUGUAAAGCUGGAACCAGGUUUGUUCAUUAUACCCCUUUUCCAGUGUAAAACUAGACCCAGCCUGGCUUACUAUACCCUUUUUACUGUAGAGCUAGAAUGAAGUUGAUUCAUUAUACCUCUUUCCUACUGGAGAGCUGGAACUUGACUGGUUCACUAUACCCGUUUGAUGUGUGUAUCUCUCCAUUUCUUCCUCAUGCCCCUUAUUUUUAACCUGACGAAGGGAUUUGAAUCAUAACAGGAGUUAUGAAGUCCAUCUCCACUCUAUGCCUGAUACAGCAUCACUAAUCUUCAGACUAAAGACUUAAAUACUGUUAGACUGUCACCGCAACAGUGUAAGAGUGCUGCCUACAAAUGUGCAGCUCUAGUGGCAAACUAGGUUUGAUACAUGUCAACGUGUCUGUCAGCACCUAAUGGUGUGCCUUCUCAGGAUGCACUUUGAUCAAGUCGUCUUGCAUCUGAGAUCUGACUGUUUCCUUGUUUGUUUAGCGUAAGAAUCAGAGCAUGUUUCAGACAGAAUUGUUGUCUUAAGGUGCUCAUCUAUUCAUGAAAGUGGUGCAAAGUGUUCAGGUCAAGUAAUCUUGUGUAGUUGCAUCCCAUUAUACAAACAUUGAUGUUAUGCUAAAACGAAGCCCUGUUAUGACCUGCUGUACCUUUUAUGUUCUGCCUUGUGCCGAUUCCCCCCUGCUUCAAGUGUGCAGGUAAUGUCAUGAUGGAAAUAUGACGGAUUUUGUCAUGACUAAUUACAUGCAUGCAGGCAUUUUGGACAGAUUCACAUUUCAGCAAAGAACUUGGUUUACACGGGUUAUCUUGCAAUGUGAAUGGAUGAAAACGCAGACAAUGCCGCUGUUGCAGCAGAUGUGCAGAGCAUGUCUGCGGUGAGGUGUCGGCCUUUAUUCAUGGGGGAGGCGGUAGCGCAGCAGUUAGAGGGACACCAAGGGAAUGACGUUUAGAAACUAAGUGUAAACUUCCGCAUUUAUGAGCUGUAGAGUCAUGCUGUGUUGUCUGUUUGACUCCCCUGUCAUAAAGCAUUGUGCUCAAACGACUGUGUCCUCAGUUUCUUC